UGAGAAGGCUGUCACAGAGAAGAGCAGAAUAUAGUUCCAGCACAAACAAGUAUCUGCAAGGCAGAGAAGGUUAGAGAAUCCUGGCCCAGCGUACAGGGGUACACCAAAUCUUUCUGUAGCCCUCCAAGGACACAGGAAGCCCGAUCUGUAACCCUGCGCCCUGCCCACUGCUGACCCUGGCACACUGAGUGCAUGGACACCGAGGCAGCUCUGUGCUCAGCCAGCACCCAGAACAGCAAAAAGUACAAGCAGUGCUUAUUCUCCACGAUGGAGCAGAUGGCAGAAUGAGUAGCUGAGUACAGGAGGGAGAGAAGGAGGAAACAGAAGAGAGAGGAGCCCCACCUGCACUGCAGCCACAGCCCCCAUUACCACAGCAGCAGCAGCAGCCCCCAGAUCCAGCGCUAGAGCAAGGGGUCGGCAUGGAAAGCACCGCAGGUGGUGUCAUCACUUACAUCAGCUCCUCAAGCUCAGCCUCCAGCCCUUCCUCCUGCCACAGCGACAGCUCCAACAGUAGUUUCCAGUCAUCAGCCUCCUCUUUGCCCUCCUCUCCCAGUAGCUCUGCUUCUGAGGGGAGCAGCGGUGGUAGCAGUGGAAAUGGUGGAGGCGGUGCCAGAAAAAGUGACCUUUCUUGUGGGAGCAUCAUCUCCAGCCUGGAGGAAUCACAGAGGAAUCAACAGGUCGACACACUGUGUAUCAAGACGACCUACACGAGUGCAGCAAUCCUGACCAAAGCCCAAGGAGGACUGACAUCCAAAUUCAGCGGCAUGAUUCUCCUGUGUAAGGUGUGCGGGGAUGUAGCUUCUGGGUUUCACUAUGGAGUUCACGCUUGUGAAGGCUGCAAGGGUUUUUUCAGGCGAAGCAUUCAACAAAACAUCCAGUACAAAAAGUGCCUCAAGAAUGAAAGUUGUUCAAUCAUGAGGAUGAACCGUAAUCGAUGUCAGCAAUGUCGCUUCAAAAAGUGUUUGUCUGUUGGCAUGUCCAGAGACGCUGUUCGUUUUGGACGCAUCCCAAAGCGUGAGAAGCAGCGAAUGCUGAUAGAAAUGCAGAGUGCCAUGAAAACCAUGAUGAACAGUCAGUUCAGAGGCCCGGUACUUCAUGAAGCAAUGCCAGAGUCUCAGACACCCCCAUCAUUUUUGCCAGCAGUCCCACAUGCGGUAGAAGAGAAAUCAGGACCGAAAGCUCAAUGUUUUCCAGAAAACCUCACUCCUCCACCUCCUUCUGCUCCCCAGCACACACUACCUCCUCCACCACCACCUCCAACUUUCGAUCCUAGCAAAGAAGAUGUUAUUGGUACUGUAACCAGGGCUCAUAGGGAGACCUUCAUGUAUAAUCAAGAAGCCUCUGAAAUUCCAGCUGAAGCACAAAGAAAGAAAGAAGAAGUCAAUUAUGGUGUCAACCACAGCAACAACGAAUAUACCAUUAAACCACAUAAUUCUGCUCAUUAUCAUUUGAACGAAUACCAGAAGCAUCUGAAUGGGCACAACAAUAGCAGGAAUAUCAUGGAUUAUCAGAGUGGACGUUCCAUUAGUUUCGUCAAUGGUCACAGCGUCAACUUUUCACACGGGUCCUCCCACAAAGGGUGCAGUAAAUCGUCAGCAUUUGAUGCAUCUCAUAACAACACCAUGAAUGGCUACACAUGCAACAGAGGACGGAGAAUGCAUCUGGUCUGUCCAAUGAGCAUGUCUCCUUUCAUGAACCCAAAUAAAUCUGGUACUCAAAUCUGGGAGGAGUUUUCAAUGAGUUUUACACCUGUUGUAAAGGAGGUAGUGGAGUUUGCCAAGCGCAUUCCAGGAUUUAAAGAUCUUUCACAGCAUGAUCAGGUCAACCUUCUGAAGGCUGGAACAUUUGAGGUAUUGAUGGUACGGUUUGCGUCACUGUUUGACGCAAAGGAACGUACUGUCACCUUUCUCAGUGGGAAGAAGUACAGUGUGGAUGAGUUGCGCACGAUGGGAGCUGGAGAUCUUCUGAACUCAGUGUUUGACUUUAGUGAGAAACUCAGUGCUCUCCAACUUAGUGAGGAAGAAAUGAGCUUGUUUACAGCAGUUGUCCUGGUUUCUGCUGAUCGAUCUGGUAUUGAAAACGUAAACUCUGUUGAAGCAUUACAAGAAACUUUGAUCCGCGCGCUUAGAACUUUAAUCAUGAAAAACCAUCACAACGAGGCCUCAACCUUUACCAAACUCCUACUCAAGUUGGCAGAUCUGCGUUCCCUCAAUAACAUGCACUCAGAGGAGCUUCUGUCCUUCAAAAUUCACCCAUAGGCCUCUUAAUGUGUCAUGUCUACUGUAUAUUGUGUGACAGACCUAUAUUGUUAGCAUUAGGCCAAAUUCUCUUUAGCAAUUGGGCAACCAUAAAACCACUUGUGUAGAACCAGUCCAACUCAAACACAUUUGUGCCUACAACACCAUUAUACAUUCUCCUAGCACACGAUCCCCCAAUAUGUGGCUUGGAAAUGCCAACUAAAGAACAGAGAAACCUGCCACCAUUUGUGUCAUUUUUACUGCAGAGCAGAGUAGAUAUCCAAUAAACCAAAACUGUCUGGAAGAGGCAAGCAGUUUGAGUUGUGUUGGAACCGGGGAAGUGGUUUUUGAUGUUGCUCCAACGUGGGAGGAACCAAAAUAGGAAUAUACCAAAAAAUAUAUAAUUGGCAUUAAAGCACUUUUCUGAUCAGAAUAUGAUCACCAAGUACAGCUGCAUGGCACCUUUAGAGAGUCGGUGAGAUAGUUGUGUAUUAUGCCCCCUAAGCAUUCAGGUUUAUCUCUAGUAGAAUACAAUAAUUCAAUUCUGUCUAGAAUAGACAUCAGAAAUCGAGUGUUGUGUCACUGUAUAGUCAUUAUGUCAUAAUUUGAGAAGGUGUAUUGUGCUUGGAAUCAUAUGUGCCUAAACUAAGACCGUUUGGGUUAUUUUCUGUUGGCACACGAGUGUUUAAUUUUUUCCUGUAUUUAAGUUUUUAUCAUCUUUUACGGAUACAAUGUGUAUGUUUAGAGAUUGUAAAUAUCUAGGUAAAAUGUUUAAAGAGAAAUAUAUAUAUAUAUAUAUAUAUGUUGGCAUCCUCACAAUAUUUUAACCUGUGGAGGAAGCUGCUAGAAAUAAUUAAAAACAAAAAAGAUUAAGAUUUAUAAAAUGUAAAAAUAUUGAAUAUGAUGAAUUUAAGAACUGUAUAUUUUUGUUUUGAAAAACUGAUAAUGCUGCAGGCGCUGAAGACAUUUAACCUUUUGAGUGCCAGUGUUGUGGCAAAUUAUUCCUACACACUACAGAGGGAUAGACCGGGCCGCUGGGUCACUUAGUCUGGCACUGAAAUUGUAAAGCCUCCCAGUGCCACUAGGUAUUGCGACAUUCUGCUUGUUUAUUGGAGCAGAGUUGCUUCUUGCUGGCACUGCUGUAAAUAUACACUAUAGGACUGUUGGGCAGGUAACAGCAAUACUAAGUCCAGGUAAACCGAAGGUAAAAAAAAGCAGCGUCCAAUCAUUCCACUGUUUUUAAAGGUACAGAUAUACCUUUUUGUAUUAUAUCGGGAUGGAGAGGGAAAACCUUUAAUUCCCGAUACUGUGACAAAUUUGAAAUGACAUCCCUGAGCCACAUGCUCUGCUUUCUUGUAGGUGAUCAGUGACCAUUUACCUGUACAUUGAACUCGUUGACUGCUUGCUUAAACUAUCUCCAAAUGCACCAAAUGGUUGAUUUAUAAGGGAGGAGGCUGCAGGCUGUAUCUCUGAAAAGCAGUAUCACAUGUAACCAUAUGGAUUAGUGUAGCAGCAUCAUGCAGACUUUUAUUUCUACCAUGAUUUAUAGGGCUUCUUGGCUGCAGGAGGUUCACAUGCAGCUACAAGGGUUAAUGAUUACAACCCUUUACAAGAGGGCUGUUUUUGGGAGCAUGUCAUUGUAAUAGACUAGCCUGGAAGCAUUCAUUAUAAAGAGUAAUUCUAGUGGUAACAUUGCACCAGAAUUAUUCUGUAUAUGUCAUCCCAUGUGUAUCAUCAUUUCUGUUAACCCCUUAGGUGCCUGGGUAGUGUUUUUCAUUCAUUUUGUUGAGGCCAUGCCAGGUUCUUUGACUGGAAAUCUGUGCAACUGGGUAAAUAUUAUCUUGUUUCACUCAGAAUAGCUAAAUAAUUUGUUACAAAUGUAUAUACAUUUUAAGUCUAGAUUUCAAGG